GUCCCUAAUGGAAUCUGUCACAAGUUAUGUGAACUUUGCAUGCUGAGUGGGUUGUCUUUUGUCACCUUUUUGUUUGGGUUGUGUUUGAUCCAAAGUUUGAAAUCGCUAAGGCAUAAAGGGAGGCGUUUUGUCAAGCACAGCACUUUUCAAACACAGUUAUGAUCGAUCCUCUUGAAUUUCCCCAAGUCAUUCAGUGGUUCUUCGCCACUCUUUGCCUUCCUAAACCCGAAAUAUAACCAUGAAGCUUCAGGUCUUCGUUCGCGCGCUUAUCUUCCUUUCCCUUGUUACGCCUUUCCCUUCCUCGGUUUUGUCUGACCUGAACUCAGAUGGACAAGCCCUCCUCAACUUUGCUGGCACAGUUGUCCACACCCGAAAACUCAACUGGAAUGCUUCCAUACCAGUUUGCACCUCUUGGGUUGGAAUCACUUGCAAUUUAAACAAAACUGGAGUGACUGCUAUCCAUCUUCCGGGAAUUGGACUUUUCGGUUCCAUCCCUUCCAACAGUAUAGGAAAGCUUCGUGCUCUUCGAGUACUCAGCCUCCACUCAAAUUUCCUCUAUGGAAGUCUUCCUUCUGAUAUCCCAUCCAUUCCUUCCUUGGAGUAUCUUUACCUCCAUCACAAUAACUUCUCAGGGAUGCUUCCUGCCUCUCUGCCCGCCAACCUCAUUGUAUUAGACUUCUCCUUCAACUCCUUUUCCGGUAACAUUCCACCAAAAAUCCAGAAUCUUACACGCCUCACUACGUUGCGCCUCCAAAACAAUCUCAUCUCUGGAGCCAUCCCGAAUCUGAACCUCCCCGCGCUUAAGCUUUUGAAUUUGAGCUUCAACAACUUGAAUGGCUCAGUUCCAUAUUCCCUCGAUAAAUAUUCCAACUCUUCAUUUGUUGGGAAUCCUCAGUUAUGUGGGGCACCUCUCAACGACUGUUCUAAAAACACCUCCAUGGACCCUUCUGCAUCCCCUGCUUUCUUGCUACCCUCGCCAAACAUCCCUAAAAAUCACCAUGCUACACCCAUAAAAAAACUUAGCCCGGGCAUCAUUGUUGCGGUGGCAACUGGGGGCUCUGCAGUGUUGGUUCUCCUAGUCCUGGUGGUUGUCAUAUGCUGUUUGAAAAGGACUAACAAAGUAGGUGGCGGGAUGCUGAAGGGGAAGGCCUCAGGAGAUGGAAAGGGUGAGAUGCCUAAAGAUUUCGGGAGUGGAGUGCAAGAGGCAGAGAAGAACAAACUAUUCUUCUUUGAAGGGUGCCAUUACAAUUUUGAUCUCGAGGAUUUGCUGAGGGCGUCAGCUGAAGUUCUUGGUAAAGGAAGUUUCGGGACGACUUACAGAGCUGUAUUGGAUGAGGAAACAACGGUUGUGGUGAAGCGGUUGAGGGAAGUUGUGGUGGGGAAGAGGGAGUUUGAGCAGCAUAUGGAGGUGGUGGAGAGGGUAGGGAAGCACCCGAAUGUCCUGCCUCCUCGCGCUUAUUAUUUCUCCACGGAAGAGAAGCUUUUGGUGUACAACUACAUGCCAGCAGGAAGCUUGUUUGCACGCUUGCAUGGAAGCAGCGAUGUUGGGAGAUCUCCACUAGACUGGGAUUCAAGAGUAAAAAUUUCGCUCGGAAUUGCCAAGGGACUUGCUCAUAUUCAUUCCGUGGGUGCUAAAUGCAGCCAUGGCAACAUAAAGUCCACAAACAUUCUCCUCACCCAAGAACUCGAGGCUUGCAUCUCGGACGUAGGGUUGAGUCCUCUAAUGAGCUUCCCUCCAGCCAUGUCCCGAGCCAUUGGAUAUCGCGCUCCAGAGGCAGUUGACAUGCGGAAAACCACUCACAAAUCAGAUGUUUACAGCUUUGGUGUGCUCCUCCUAGAAAUGCUGACAGGCAAAGCCACGCUUGAAUAUCUGGGGCAUGAUUGCGUAGUUGAUCUCCCGCGUUGGGUUAAGUCUGUUGUGCGCGAGGAGUGGACAGCUGAGGUUUUUGAUUUGGAACUUCUAAAACACCACCACAUUGAAGAAGAGAUGGUGCAGGUGCUGCAGAUUGCUCUGGCAUGCGUAACAAAAUUGCCCGAAACACGCCCCAACAUGGAUGAAGUAGUUAGAAUGAUAGAGGAACUCCGGCAAUCCGACACGAAAACUAGGCCGUCCUCUGAGUCUGAAUUUGAUGUGCAAACCCCAUGAAAAAACUUUAGUUCUUUUUUCUAUUUAAGCAGUGUCAUCUUGUUUUUGGAAUGCAAUUGGAAAUUUGGAAAUAAUGUUCAAUGUUAUCGUGUUUUCAGCA